CCCGUCCCUCGCCUUGCGCGUCGCCCGCAUGGAACCUGCGAAUCGCCGUCGGUCGUCGAGCGCGCAUUUGCACAGCAUAUCGGGCCAACGCACCGCGGAAACGCGCAAGCAGCCUGCCAAGAUGAACACUGUCAACAAUGCCUCGUCUGUCUUCGCAGAAUUGCGUGUCGUACCCUCGCAGAAACCUGGAGAUGAAGAUACCCCACCGACGCCGCCACAAUCCGUCCACAUGGUUCCCCCAGGGUCACUCGUUGAUACCAGCAAAAGCAUGGACGACACAAUGGUGUGGUCGACAUGCACACCAACGGAAGUUCCGCACCAGCAACCAGCCGUCAUUGAAAGCACGGAACAAAACAUCCUGUCCCGCAUCUCGACCCUGUCCAUCCUUCGGGACCAAGGUUUCAUCGAUGAAGAAGAGUUCAUUCGACGAAAAAAAGCCAUCAUUGACGAGCUCCACGCCCCAUCGUCGUCGUCUGCUUCGUCGUGCAGACCAUUCUUCCACAAUGCAACGGGCAUGCCCCUGAUUAUUCCCCAUGCGCCAAACUUUGAAAGUUUCGAUGCAGAGGAGGCAAUCCGGCAUACAUUCAACUACGAAACUCGGCGAUGGGAAACGUCAAAGGUCUGUGUCAUCUUGGACGAAACACCAUUCGCCAAGGGCAGUCUCCGCCUCGUAUAUCACAUGCAUCUAGCUGACGGAGAGUCCAUCGACAAGUCGUCGCCGACGUCGCAUGUCGCGAAACUCGCGAUCGAUCCAGACGAAGAUCCUCAAACGUACUUUCGCGACAUUGAAUUGCAGGCGCAUUGCGGCCACUAUGCCGACUUGUACAAUGCGCACGCACCGCCAAAGCGCGUCCAGUUCAUCCAGGCGUGGGUCGUCGAACUCACAAAGCGCCACGGCGCACUCUGUGCGGUCGAGCGCUACAUUCCUGGGGACUACCGUAAACACAACAACAACUUUGGCAGCGUCAGCGAGGAGGACCGAAACACACCGCAAGCGUUUUCACACUUCACGUACGAAGCGUCGCAUCACGAGCUGCUUGCAGUUGACAUCCAAGGCGUCGGCGACAUGUACACGGACCCGCAGAUUCAUACACUGAACCGAGGGGAUUUCGGCAAAGGCAAUCUCGGCGUCCUCGGGUUUAAGAAAUUUCUGGCCACCCAUCGAUGCAACCCGAUCUGCGCCUACUUGAAGCUGCCCCCCGUCAACCCCAAGGUGAACGCAGAAGUUGGGACGGUUCCAGUCCAGCGAGUCAUGGCCCUCGACAAGAUUCACGAUGCCCCGUUUGAGUCAAAGCACUAUUACGAACAAGCGCCGCUGCUCCAAAAGUACGUCGCGCAAUGUCGAGAAGAUGAAGCGCGACAGACGUCGAGGAGGGCCGACGAUCAGCGAGGGUGUCUCACGUGUCAAUGUAGUAUUCAAUGACGCGAUCGUGCCAUGGGUCUGCUCAUCUAAUCGGAGUGAGGCGACGAUGGCGUCACAAGGCGCUGCAUGUGUUGGUCCAAGGUGGAGGCAAACACAUCGAUGGAAAAGAGGUCCAUCGCGCGGCGCACGCCUGCUUCGCCCAUUGCCUUUGCCUUGGCAGCGUCCGUGGCGAGCACUUGCAUGGCGUGGCCAAACGCGACGGGCUCUUGGUCACAGAGGAACCCCGUGACGUCGUGGGCGACAGACUCGAGUGGCCCGCCCGUGUUGACUGCGACGACAGGCGUUCCCGAUGCCAUGGCUUCCACGGGCACAAUGCCAAAGUGCUCAAAAGACGGCGUGUAUAAGAUUGCACGGGCUGUCAAUAGCAACGCAUGCUUUGUCGAGUCGGAAAUCGACCGCAGGAACGUGACUUUAUCCGUGAGUUUCUUGGUCGCGACGAGCUCAGCCAAUUCGUCGUAGUGCGCGACAUUUUCUGCGUUCAAAGGGUCGUACCUACACUUGGGGACGUGACAAACGAAAGGAAGGAAGGGGACGGACCCGCCGGCUAGGACAAGAUGGACGGUGGCAAACACAGCGGCCGACACCUGCGACUCUAGCCACGCAAGCGCUUCCACGGCAAGAGCGAUAUUCUUCUUGCGUUCAAAGCGAUUGAGGGAGACAAAGAGCGCGGGGAACUGGAGCGCGCGAUGAAGGUCCUUCUUGUCAGUGGUCGGGAUCGACGCGGGGCGAGCAAACGUCGAGAUGUCCACGGGGGGAUACAGGAUGCUCAAAUGCCGCGCAUCCAGCGAAGGAAACGCCCCUGCAAACACAGACGCCGUGUACUUGCUGUUCACGACCAUGGUGUCCGCAGCACCUACGUGAAAGGACAGUCAUAGAGACUUCCAGAAUAGAUUGGCAUAAUCGUACGGGUGGUGGCUUCCUCCAA